AUGGCUGCUCACUAUGUCGGAUGCACGAGGCGUGGGUGGGCGCUCGCCAAUGAGGCUGUCCUUAUUACGAGAGAUUUACGUCUUCAACGGGGAGAAGGGCUCGCUGAGAUUAACGCAAUGCAGGCAGAGUAUUGCAAGCGGGCUUUCUGGAUCCUCCAUUUGACACAGAUGCAUGACUCUUUUAUCUCGCCUACACCACAUAUGCUGCCCGGUUUUCCGCCCAGGAAUACGGAUUGGGCAGUGAUGCGACCAAGAGAUAUUUUGGAAUACGAACUGUCCCAGGAGAAUCUGGUUUCUGGUACUCGCCUGGGGACCUCGGAAUCUACUGUUACUGGCUUUGUUUCCCUGGCCAAGGUCGGUCAAUGCAUGAGAAACAUACUCGCAACAGAGGAGUACCGGCCUUGCUUGACGAGCUUGUCGCCACAUUUCGCCUCGCUUGGGCUUCCUCCAUUACGAUAUGAUAUUGGAAAUACCCUCUCAAGGCCAUCUUUCUCCCGACGCUUGGCGGUCUCUCGAGAUAUUUCUACGCAGUUCCACGCAACUACUGAAGGUCUUCCGUAUCAAGAUUCCUUCGAGACAUUCAGUGACGGCAUCGAGGUGACAGUAGCCACAGUUCAGAUCAGUGCCUUGUAUUUCACCAACGCCAUAAUUGAUGCCAUUUUCGACUCGUCUGAUAGCUACCGUGGCGAAGUGGUAGAUUUAGCCAUCGAGGCCCAUGACUCUGGUCGCUUGCCUGGUGGGUUGGACGACAAGAUCGAGCUGUGGAGGAUCCGGGAAUCCAUCGCACUGAGACUCUUGGCCAUUUUAAAGACAACGUCGCCGCUAAGACUUCAACUCAACGGAUUUUCUUUGAUUCAUCAGAUUCGGAAGAUAGCUGCGAGUCUACUUGACUGUGGAGAGGAUCCCGAACUCGCUUCAGUAUUGGAUGGCCGACCUGAGGAGUACUUGAGGGAAUUUACGCAAAUUCUUGCCAGUCUGGAUUUGAACGCCGCCGUCAGUGCCAUGCUUCACAAGAGAUAUGCAGAUGAUACGUCGCAUUCAUUCUAA